GAUCACACAUUCCCGUUCUAGUCACGGCUGAGUGGAGCCAUCCCCAGAACACUGCUCACUAUUGCCUUGCUCACUGCUGCUAUUCACAGAUUGAGCUAUGAAAGCUUACCUUCUUGUUGGACUCCUUCUCCUGGCCAUGGUCUGGAUCAGGGCCAGUCACGCUGCAGUGAUUCACAGCACUCUUCUCCCUGAAGAAGGACACACUGAUAGCUCCAAAGCAAUGCCAGAUUGCUCACCCCCUGGUGUCCUCUUCAAGACAACAGGGGGUUUGGAGAUCUGUGUUGACCCGAAGGAACUGUGGAUGCAAAAAGCGCUGGACAUUCUGAAGAAACGGUUUCGACAGCGUUAGACGCAGGGGUUGUGAAAAGUGCUCAGAGCAGUGAAUGGGUGCCUUGUCAUAACCCAGAAGGUCAUGGCUCACACAGUAACAAUAACACUGGGGAACUACCGCACACCCACUCACACUGGCCACCGUCCCUUUGCCACUUGCAGUUUUGGUAAACUAGUUCACUGUUGGCCUUAUUGAUUAUUUGUUGUAUUUGUCUUGUUUCUUGUUUAACAACCAAUAACUGAGCUAUCUUAAUCUGGAAUGGUUCUCUGUCAGUAAACAAUAAAGGCAGCUGCACCAUC